UAAAGAUAAAAUAAACGAAUUGGGAUAACCAAAAACCCUAACAAAUUAAUCGAUCGAUCCCCUUUGCCAGAUUCAACAUUAAAAAAAAUCCUGCCCUGCAAUCAACCAAGCGAAUCAUCUUGUAGAAACCUUGAAUUUCAUCAUGAAACGUUCAUUCGAUGACAUCAAUGAAAAAUUACAAGCCAAAAAGCCCGUUUUCCUCACCAAGGCCGAACGCGAACAGUUAGCCCUAAAACGCCGUCAAGAAGAAUUCGAAGAACAGAAACGCCGAUCAGAACAACAAUCAUCUAUUCUCCCAAACAAUUCAGCUUCAUCCUCUAAGCAACCACCAGAUGACCGUGACCGUGAUCGUCGGCGUGAUAAUGACCGUGACCGUGACCGUGACCGUGACCGUGACCGAGAUCGGCGUGAUAGAGAUAGGGAGAGGGAGAGGGAGAGAGAUACAGAGAGACGAAAUAGAGACCGGGAAAGGGAUGAGGAACAUAAGGCUAGGGAAAAGGCUAGGGUUGACAAGUUAGCCGAGCGAGAACGCGAAAAGGAACUCGAGGCGAUCAAAGAGCAGUAUUUAGGAAGUAAGAAACCUAAGAAGAGAGUGAUUAAGCCUAGUGAGAAGUUUCGGUUUUCAUUCGACUGGGAGAAUACCGAGGAUACGUCUCGUGAUAUGAAUGUCUUGUAUCAGAACCCGCACGAGGCGCAGUUGCUGUUUGGGAGAGGGUUUAGAGCCGGUAUGGAUAGGCGAGAGCAGAAGAAGCUGGCUGCUAAGAAUGAGAAGGAGUUGAGAGAUGAGAUUAGGAAGAAGGAUGGGGUUGAGCAGAAACCCGAAGAUGCUGAAUCUCAGAGGUUGAAAGAGGAAGCUGCGGAACGGUAUGAUACGUUUGAUAUGCGAGUCGAUCGCCAUUGGUCUGAUAAGAAGCUGGAAGAGAUGACUGAGAGGGAUUGGAGGAUUUUCAGGGAGGAUUUUAAUAUUUCGUACAAGGGCUCUAAGAUACCGCGACCUAUGAGGAGUUGGGUUGAGAGCAAGUUGAGUACCGAGCUUUUGAAAGCCGUGGAUAGGGCUGGUUACACGACGCCGUCUCCUAUUCAGAUGGCUGCCAUUCCGCUUGGUCUUCAGCAGCGUGAUGUCAUUGGGGUUGCAGAGACUGGUUCAGGUAAAACCGCUGCUUUUGUGCUUCCUAUGUUGACUUAUAUUACUAGGCUGCCUCCAAUCAGUGAAGAGAAUGAAGCUGAGGGUCCUUAUGCUGUUGUUCUGGCACCUACUAGAGAACUUGCACAACAAAUUGAGGAAGAGACUGUUAAGUUUGCUCAUUAUUUAGGUAUCAAGGUUGUUUCCAUUGUUGGUGGGCAGUCGAUUGAGGAACAAGGGUUUAAGAUUAGGCAAGGCUGUGAGGUUGUCAUUGCUACCCCUGGUCGUUUGAUCGAUUGUUUGGAGAGGCGGUAUGCUGUGUUAAAUCAGUGUAACUAUGUUGUUCUUGAUGAGGCUGACCGUAUGAUUGACAUGGGUUUUGAGCCACAGGUUGUGGGUGUUCUUGAAGCAAUGCCGUCUAGUAAUUUCAAACCGGAGAAUGAAGAUGAAGAGCUCGAUGAGAAGAGGAUAUAUAGAACCACUUAUAUGUUUAGUGCUACUAUGCCUACUGCUGUGGAGAGGCUUGCUAGGAAGUACUUGAGGAACCCUGUUGUGGUAACUAUUGGAACUGCAGGAAAGGCUACUGAUCUCAUAACCCAACAUGUUAUCAUGGUGAAGGAAUCCGAGAAAAUGCCUAGGUUGCAAAGGUUGCUGGAUGAACUUGUUGAUAAGACCGCCAUUGUGUUCAUAAACACUAAAAAGUCUGCUGACCAUGUAUCCAAGACUUUGGAAAAGGCGGGUUACCGUGUUACAACUUUGCACGGUGGCAAAUCACAAGAGCAAAGAGAAAUCAGUCUUGAAGGUUUCAGGACUAAAAGGUUUAAUGUUUUAGUUGCCACAGAUGUUGCAGGGCGUGGGAUUGAUAUACCGGACGUGGCUCAUGUUAUAAACUACGAUAUGCCUGGGACUAUUGAUAUGUAUACUCACCGUAUAGGACGUACAGGGCGUGCCGGGAAGACGGGAACAGCUACAACAUUCUUGACUCUUCAAGAUUCUGAUGUGUUUUAUGAUCUCAAGCAGAUGCUUACACAGAGUAAUAGUUCUGUGCCUCCUGAACUUGCUAGACAUGAAGCGUCUAAGUUCAAGCCUGGAUCGAUUCCUGAUAGACCACCUAGAAGAAACGACACGGUUUUUGCGCAUUAAAGCAUAUAUGCUAGUAACCAUGUUUUAUUACAUGGAGAACUGAAUUUGGAUUCAUAUGUGUUGCCUAUACACUGGUUUUGAUGAUGCUAUAGCAGAGCCAAGUAUACCAGAAAAUUUUUAAACCUUAGGUUGGUAUUAUUUAUUUGCAGAACUUGUACCUUAUUUGAUUGCAUGAAUUUUUAUAGAUGUUUAAUUCAAUUUGCUUCUUGACCUUA